AUUUCAUCCGUUACUUACCUAAAUUUUCUUAUAAGCUAUUUCAGGAAUCACUCAUAUUCCAACCUCUCUCUCUCUCUCUCUGUCCAUUAUUGUUUCUAGUUUUUGCAGUUAUGUUGGAUCUUCAAAACCUUCUCUUCCUCAUUCUUCUAGGGUUUCCUUUCAAUUGAUCUUAGAAUGUGUGAUUGUAUUGUAGGUAGAAUCAAGAACCCACAUAAUCAUUUGGUAUAGAGAUCAAACACACAUUUGAUCCCAUAAAGCUUGAAUCCUUGAUCCCUUUUGUGGGUUAAUGGAAGGAAUCGAUAAUCAAUAACAGAAUAAGAAGCAUAGGGAGGCUAAUCAAACCAUACAGUUUCCUGGUUCCGAUCAGGAAACUGUGGAGAAUUAUGGGCUGCAAAUUCUCCAAGGGAAUACGAGCAAAUGAUAGCAUCAUCAACCAGAACAUUGACGACAACAACAACAACAUUGUCAAGGAGAGAAGAAACAAGCCUAAUACAAGAACCUGCAAGAAGAAGAAAAAGCCUGCUUCAUCCAGCAUAGCCAAUGUUGGAUCCGAGGAAAGACCCGAUGCCAAGAACAACGAAGAAGAAGAAGCCACCUUGAAGCUUCUAUUACCCAGCGAUGCCAAGAAUGCAACCUCUAACGAGGAGGGUGACAACAAGAAGGUGAAUAUUGAGAGAAAAUCUUCCAGGUCUAUCUUCCAGAGACGUGAGGCAUUGCAACAACCUAAGAUGACUAGAAUAAGCAGUGUUAGUAAUGGAGAACGAGGUGCUCAGGUUAUGGCUGGUUGGCCUUCUUGGUUAGCUUCUGUUGCUGGAGAAGCUAUCAAUGGAUGGAUUCCACGCAAGCCAGACUCCUUCGAAAAGUUGGAGAAGAUUGGACAAGGGACGUAUAGCAGUGUGUACAAAGCCAGGGACCUAGAGACAAACCAAAUAGUUGCACUGAAGAAAGUGCGGUUUGCUAAUAUGGAUCCUGACAGUGUUCGGUUCAUGGCAAGAGAAAUCAUCAUCCUUAGAAGGCUUGACCAUCCCAACGUUAUGAAGCUUGAGGGUUUGAUCACUUCGAGGGUGUCAGGGAGUAUGUAUCUUAUAUUUGAAUAUAUGGAACACGAUCUCUCAGGACUUGCUUCAACACCUGGUGUUAAGUUCUCUGAGGCACAGAUUAAAUGCUAUAUGAAACAGUUGCUACAUGGUCUAGAACACUGUCACAGCCGAGGUGUAUUGCAUCGUGACAUCAAAGGCUCGAAUCUGCUGCUGGACCAAAACAACAAUCUAAAAAUCGGAGACUUCGGCCUUGCCAACUUUUACGGCCCCCACCAGAAGCAGCCUCUCACGAGCCGUGUUGUAACUUUGUGGUACCGUCCACCUGAACUCUUGCUAGGGUCAACGGACUACGGCAUUACUGUGGAUAUGUGGAGCACAGGAUGCAUUCUAGCAGAACUCUUUAGUGGGAAGCCUAUCAUGCCUGGAAGAACUGAGGUGGAACAGCUACACAAGAUCUUCAAACUCUGUGGCUCACCUUCUGAAGAGUAUUGGAAAAGAUCUAAACUUCCAGACGCGACCAUCUUUAAACCUCAGCAUCCAUACAAGAGGUGUGUAGCCGAGACGUUUAAGAGUCUCCCAUCUACAGCUUUGGCACUAGUUGAGGUUCUUCUAGCUGUUGAGCCAGAUGCUCGUGGAACCACGGCUAAUGCCCUUGAAAGCGAGUUCUUCACGACAGAGCCUUUUGCAAGCGAGGCAUCAAGUUUACCAAAGUACCAACCGAGAAAGGAAAUUGAUGUGAAGAAAGGCACGGGCAGUAAACAGAAUGAGUCAAAACAAGUAUCUAGAGACUUUAAACCUGUGUCAGCUCAAGAUUCCAAUGCAGAGUUACUACCAUCAACACAAAAACGACAAGUGCAGAAUAAUCCUAAUGAAGAUGCAGCAAUGAAGAGUGGAACCGCGCAGAACGGUUACACGCGGUAUGGCCUGUCCUCGGUUAAUAGAAACGGAGAGAAUGUUAUGAUGGGUUCGAGUCGGUCACCAAGAAAAGAGCUGAGGUCGCAACGUUCUUUUGUUCAACGUGGAGCACCACAGUUGACUAAGUUCUCAAACUCGGUAGCUGCUAGAGAUGCAUCACAUUUCUCUGUAGCAAAUCCACGGUGGCUUGAAGAUAGUGAUAACAAUAACAUGAGAGAUGGUGAUUGGCCACAACGUCUGCUGGUGAAACCCAAAUAUUCUACAAAAGACAAAGAAUCCAUACGGGGACACGGUGAGAAGAUAGAGAGAAUGAACUACUCAGGGCCAUUGGUUUCUAAUGGAGGAAACUUAGAUGAAAUGUUGAAAGAACAUGAAAGACGUAUUCAGUUAGCUGUUCGAAAAGCUCGAGAUAAGAAGACGAACAGGGACGAUAACGGACAGACUCCAGCAUGUCUUGCAGUGUAGAGAAGUUUAUUCAGGUCUUGUGUAAAGUCACUCGUGUAAUUUAUUUUGUUUAUUUAACCUAUUCUAACGGUAUUACCGACUUGUACUCAAUCCCAUCACUAUGAUCAUCAUGCCCGUCCCAAUAUUUUAUUGUGUUUUGUGCAAUUAUAAGAGCAUUAGAUAUAAUUUGUAACAUACACAGUAAAGUCAACCAGGCAUAGAAUCUCUUAGAAGUUGGAAAAGGACCUGAAUGCACAGCAAUAUAUCCAAGGUACUCUAAUGUGUCAGACAUCUAUGAGACUAGUUCGUAUCUAAUCAUGGUAGAAGACAAGUUCUCCAAAGCUUUCUAGUGUGGAGGGUAUAUGAAGAAACAAGAAGGCAUUUUGUUAUCCCUAGCUAUAGAGAUGGAUAAGAAUCAAGUAGAGACCCUUUUGUCCAUAGUUGACAAACUUUACUCUGUUUCUCCA